ACAGUCCGUUCCAUCCGGCCUCGUUUCCAGGGCGACGAAUGCUCGGCUCCCUCUGAUUGGCUGACCGAUAUAAUGUAUCCAUUGAAACGCCUCGCGUUUGUGACCAUUCACUAGCUUUGCCCGGUCGAGAGCACGUCGUUACGAACCAACCCGGACGAGAAAAUAUACUUAUUCGCAACGAGAACUUGGAAAUAGAUAACGUGAGAUACAAAUGAGAUGCAUUUACAACUGAAUUGCAAUCAAUCGGGAUUUUACAGGAGAAUUGCACUUUAUAAUGCGAACGCGGGAGUUUUAUAACAAGAAGAUAACGUCAGUGCUGCCCAGUGAGUCAUUGAUAAAUACAUAGGCAUUCUUCAAGCUGCAUGAAUGAGUGCUAGUACCGGUAAUCUGCGGUCUGGUAUCUAAGAAACAUUCAGGUUUUGCAGAUUUCUAUCGAACCGUAGCAAACAGCCAUUAAAGGUCUUAACAAUACACGUUUUAAUUAAAAACAUAUUCCAGAAGAUAUUUUUCCUGACCCGUUUGCGCUUUUACAUCAAUGCUUCAUUCGUCAUAACGUUCAGCUGUUGACGGCCUUUUGCGGUAGCUUACAAGGACCGACCUCAGAAUUUUCCUGCAGUGAAGUGACCAUAUUUUUUUCCUAAAUGCUUGACAAGCUCAAGCCCGUUCAGUUCGAAUCGGUAAUGGCGAUCAGCAAGACCGUGGAGUGGCUGCGAGAGCAGCUCGAGACGCGCAAAGACUGCCUAUUGGUAAUGGACUGCAGGACCCAGGAACUCUACGAGUCUUCGCACGUCGAAACGGCGAUUAACGUUGCCAUUCCGAGUUUGAUGCUUCGGCGCCUGAAGAAGGGCAAUCUCCCCAUCAAGUCCUUGCUCUCCAAUGGCGAAGACCGGGAGAGAUUUGCAAGGAGGUGCAAGACUGAUACAAUUGUGCUAUAUGACGAGUAUAGCAGGGAAUGGAACGAAAAUGUCGAUGGGGGAUCGGUGCUUGGCUUGCUCCUCAAGAGGAUGAAAGACGAGGGCUACAAGGCUUUUUACCUAGAGGGUGGGUUCAGCAAAUUCCAAGCCGAGUUCCCUUCCUUGUGCGAGACGAAUCUGGACCGCUCUUUCAGCAGCAGUCCCCCGACUGGCCAUGUGCUCGGGCUUGGGGGGCUGCGAAUUAGCUCGGACUCCUCAGACAUUGAGUCCGACAUCGACCGCGACCCGAGCAGCGCCACUGACUCAGACGGCAGUCCCCUGUCCAAUCCCCAACCCUCGUUCCCAGUGGAGAUCCUUCCGCACCUCUACCUGGGAUGUGCCAAGGACUCCACGAACCUUGAUAUUCUGGAAGAGUUCGGCAUCAAGUACAUUCUGAACGUGACCCCCAACCUCCCCAACAUGUUCGAGAACGGCGGGGAAUUCAAGUACAAGCAAAUCCCGAUCUCGGAUCACUGGAGCCAGAACCUGUCACAGUUCUUCCCCGAUGCCAUUAGCUUCAUAGAUGAGGCCCGGGGUCAGAAAUGCGGCGUCCUGGUCCACUGUUUGGCCGGCAUCAGUCGCUCGGUGACCGUCACCGUUGCCUACCUCAUGCAGAAGCUCAACCUGUCGCUGAAUGACGCCUAUGACAUCGUCAAGAUGAAGAAGUCCAACAUCUCACCCAACUUCAACUUCAUGGGCCAGCUCCUGGACUUUGAGCACACCCUGGGCCUGAAGAGCCCCUGCGAUAACCGCGUGGUGGCCCCUAAACAGCCCCUGUUCUUCACAACCCCCACCAACCACAACGUCUUCCAACUGGACCCACUGGAGUCCACGUGAAGCAGUGCCACUGUCACCCCCUACUGGCCAGAGCACUGCAGUGUUUCUCUUAUUUAUUUCCGUCACCUGUUGUGACACGGUGACAUCCUGCGUUAUUGACACAGUUGGCUUGAGGUUAGCAGCUGCCAAGCGGGCUGCACGGUUGGUCUGCCUGAAUGCUCGCACGCAGCUGCUGCGAAUAAUGUGGACAGAGAAAGAAAGACAGAGAUAAGAGGUGGAAGAGAGAGAAAGAGACGGCUCAUUAACUCUCCUGAAUGCCUACAUUGCUGUUGGACUCAGCGGAGGCUUUUGCCUCUUUUUUUUCUGAGUGCGUUGAAAGAAACGCUAAGUGAUCUGAUAGUCACGUGUACGUUAGGCUUCACAACGAAAAGGCUGGUGUGCCAAAGAGACAUGAUUGUGAACUCAGUAUAUAAAUAUAUAUAUAUAUAUAUAUAAACAAUCCUUUUUGUUUUUGGGCCAGCACUUGCACCUUCAAGGCUUUUUCCAGGUGCAUAUUACUUGUCUUCUGUGAAGACUUGCCUGUUGGAGGUUGAAACACCCCUGGUUAAGACGGCACAGUGUAUUGAACUCGAUUUUACAUGUGUGGAGUCAGUUGAAUCAUUUAUACACAUGUAUAUACCUUAAUAUGAACGGCUAUACAGUAAAGCCUCGCUCUAGUGUAUUCCCUUUUGCAACAAGUGGGUACUGAAGAUUCUUUUUCAUCUUCUGCUUUAUGUAAGCAAACCGACUGUAUAUUGAUCAGUAACGUUACAU